GAGCAGAGUCCACUACACAAGGCAGCCUGUCCCUGCCGGCAGCAGACAGGAUUUACCCACACCUCCUCGUCUCACAACCAUUCACGCCAACGCACCCUCUCCCAUUGUCACCUUCUCGCCACCCAUCCGGUGAUCCGCGCCAAGGGGAGCGAGCCGGCUGAGUAAUUGAGGAUUGGAGGAACGCUGAGCGAGUGCCGAGGGUCAUGGUGAAAGACGAAGCAGUUGCCCACUCCCAGGACCCCGGGCAGCCUGCCGAGAAGCCGGUCAUCCGCUGCCAUAAAUGUGGAGAGCCAUGCAAAGGGGAGGUCCUCCGAGUCCAGUCCAAACACUUCCACAUCAAAUGCUUCAUAUGCAAAGUUUGUGGCUGCGACUUGGCUCAGGGAGGCUUCUUCAUCAAGAACGGGGAGUAUCUAUGUACGUUGGAUUACCAGCGCAUGUACGGGACGCGGUGCAGUGGCUGUGGGGAGUUUGUGGAGGGAGAGGUGGUGACCGCGUUAGGAAAGACCUAUCACCCCAGCUGCUUCGCCUGCACAGUCUGCAAGCGUCCGUUUCCUCCAGGAGAUCGCGUCACGUUCAAUGGGAGAGACUGUCUGUGUCAGAGCUGCGCUGCACAACCCAUGGCCCCAGGACCUAAAGAGAUCACCACAUCCAACAGCUGCGCAGGCUGCGGCAGGGACAUCAAGAACGGCCAAGCCUUACUAGCGCUGGACAAGCAGUGGCAUCUCGGCUGCUUCAAGUGCAAAUCCUGCGGCAAAGUCCUGACCGGCGAGUACAUCAGCAAGGAUGGCUCUCCAUACUGUGAAAAGGAUUAUCAGGUUCUGUUCGGGGUCAAGUGUGAAGCGUGCCACGAAUUUAUCACGGGGAAAGUGCUGGAGGCUGGGGACAAGCACUAUCAUCCGAGCUGUGCACGAUGCAGCAGAUGCCACCAGAUGUUCACCGAAGGAGAGGAAAUGUACCUGCAAGGUUCCACCGUCUGGCAUCCCGACUGUAAGCAAAGCACCAAGGCAGAGGAGAAGUUGCGGCCCACAAGGUCAUCUUCUGAAAGUGUCUAUUCCCGGCCUGGAUCCAGUAUACCGGGCUCCCCGGGCCACACCAUCUGUGCUAAAGUGGAUGAUGAGAUCCUGGAUUACAAGGACCUCGCCGCCAUCCCCAAAGUAAAAGCCAUCUACGACAUUGAACGGCCAGACCUCAUCACCUAUGAAUCCUUCUAUACGUCCACUUAUGAAGACCGCCAGGACAGGCAGAGUGUGGGUGAGAGCGCCAGAAGUGACAGGUCUUCAUCAUACAACGAGAGUUCUCCCAGGACCCUGUCCCCGACACCAUCUGCGGAGGGCUACCAGGAUGGACGGGAACGGAUAAUCCAGCGAUCUACCAGUCAGGGAUCCAUCAACUCUCCAGUGUACAGCCGUCAUAACUACACCCCCACCAUCUCCCGCUCACCCCAGCACUUCCACAGACCCGAGCUGUUGUGUACUGGUGUGCAGCGCUUCUCGUACACCCGCACCGGCAGCUUCAGCUCCACCCUCAGCGACUCCCGUCCCAACUCCCCUUUCAGACAUCACACGAUCCUCCAUGUCAAAGGCACUGAGCCCAACAGCGGCAGGAAUUCCCCUCUCCCCCAUCGGCCAGACAGCCGCCCACUAACGCCUACAUAUUCUCAGGCCCCCAAACAUUUCCAUUUUCCAGACCAAGGCGUGAACAUGUACCGGAAGCCCCCCAUCUACAAACAGCAAGAUGCAGCUGCCAUGGCAGCCUUCGCCAACAGCUCAGACGAUAUCAUCAAAUCCUCCAAGUUUCCGGCUGCCUACGCUCCAGCGCCCAAUGAAGUCCCAAAGAUUGAGACCGACUACUGGCCAGGCCCACCCUCAGUCGCCGCCAUAGGUGACCCCAGGAGGCGGUCCAGCGGCCGGGAUGAAGAGGACGAGGAACUGUUAAAACGUCGCCAGCUGCAGGAAGAGCAGUUAAUGAAGCUGAAUUCAGGUCUGGGUCAGCUGAUACUGAAGGAGGAGAAGGAGAGCCGAGAGAGACCGCACUCUGCCGGCCGAUACGACCCCUCGGUCCUCUCUUCUCUCCACACCGAUGUAUCCAAGACGUCCUCUCUUCCAGGGUACGGUCGGAACGGCCUCCACCGGCCGGUGUCCACGGAUUUUGCGCAGUAUGACAGUUACGGGGACAUAAACAGUGACGUUCGAGAUUUUCAGUCACUGCCCGAUGGUCACGUUCCCGCCAUGAGAAUGGAUAGGGGUGUCUCUAUGCCCAACAUGUUGGAACCAAAGAUUCACCCCUAUGAGAUGCUGAUGGUAACAAACAGGGCUCGGAACAAGAUCCUAAGGGAUGUGGACCGGACUAGACUGGAGCGUCACCUGGCACCCGAAGCGUUCCAAGAGAUCUUUAGGAUGACGAUACAGGAAUUCGACAAGCUGCCGCUUUGGAGACGCAACGAAUUGAAGAAGAGGGCCCGGCUUUUCUGAGACGUUUUACCGCCGGAGCCCUUCUGCGGCUGUGUCACUUACAGGAAGCAACCCAAUACUCUGCCCCGUGUGAUAAGAUAUACCCUCGAACGGGGCGGUGCUAGUGGGAAAGCGGGCGUGGUGCCACCCUGCCUUCCCACGCUACUCCACAUCCUGUCUCUAGGCGUGCCAUUGGACAAUGGAUGGCAGGUGUCCUUAAACUGCCACACUGGCUCACUCUGCCCUCCCCCGCGGAUCAUUCUGCCCUCCCCUGCGGAUCCAAAUAUAAGAUGAGAGUGCAAGUUGCCUGGGGGGUGCAUUUUUUUGUGUGUGUGUGUGUGUGUGUGUGUUUGUGCAAGAGAAUUUAACUUUUUGAAGUCGAUGUAACAUUGGGCUGUUGUGAUUUAUAGAGUGGGCUGGUCAUAGUGCUGAUAACAGAUAUGAUACUAGAGACGCUUUUCAUAGAAAAGGGGUGACCAUUGUUAAACUUGGCUUUAAAUAUAUCCUGGCCAUGGAAAUCCUCAUAUCACUUCUCUAUGCACCUAGUAUCCCUCAGCAUGGGCCUAGAUCAGGGGUCUCCAAACUUUCUAAACAAAGUGCACAGAUGCGCCGUCAGCUGGACAUAGAGCAAGACCUUACAUCGACUUCUGCUCCUCUAGGACAAGUGGUAUGGGUCAUAAACCCUGGGUCUGGGGUUGUGGUACAGAUCAAGAACAAUGCUUAAAGGGAACCUUCCUAUAUCUACAUUUGAAAAACGUGGCCCUGAUGCUCCACAAGUCAGCAGUGUCAUUUCCGGGAAUCAAUCUUUCUUUAAUAAAUGGGUGAUUGUUGUAA